AUGGAACGACAGGUUUUAUCGGGGUACUUACAGCAAGAACCGCUAAACCCAAUAGCGGCAAUAGAGCCAGAUUUAGAGUCUGGACUUGAUCAGACCGAGGAUGAAGACCAUACUCAAUACAAUGAAUCCGAUAGUGCCUCUAAGGGGCAGGCCGAGGCGCAGACCGUAAGCAUCAAUGAGGGCCAGAAGAGCCACAUCGAGAAGGAAAAGUAUGAGAGCAAGGUGCCGGCGGGUCGUCCCGGGAAGGACGAUGACAUGGCGCAGGCGGUGCUAUUCUUUGCCGCGAACCAGUAUUUGAACGGUCAAACCGUUGCAGUAAAUGGCCGAUAUGCACUUGCAGCCGGAGAAUAA